CCGGGGGGGGCAGGAGAGGCCGGACCCCGGCCAGGCUUGGUUCUCCACUGCAGCCGACGUCCAGGAGCUCCCUGGGCUCUUCAGUGUGCUUUGUGCCGUGGUUGUUCCCUAGCUAGGGCUGGUGCGGAUUUACGCCGUUAAUUUUUCCUCAUUAGUGUCUGUGAUGCAUUUAAAAUCCACAGGGAUUUUUUUAUCUUAAUAGCACUUGUUUACAGGAUUAAGCUCUCCAUCAUUUGGUAAUUUAUUCCUUCUGUACUUUUAUAGAAAAAUGGAAAUCGCCACUCCUCCAACAUCAAAGUGUAUUAUAUACUGGAAAAGAAAAGUCAAGUCUGAAUAUAUGCGUCUCCGGCAGCUCAAGAGGUUUCAGGCGAACAUGGGAGCUAAGGCUCUGUUUGUGGCCAACUUUGCGAAGGUUCAUGAAAAGACUCAGAUUCUGAAUGAGGACUGGAAGAAGCUUCGAGUCCAGCCGGUGCAAUUGAUGAAGCCAGUCAGUGGGCAUCCAUUUCUAAAACAGUGUACUGUUGAGAGCAUUUUCCCGGGAUUUCCAAGCCAGACGCUGUACAUGAGGACCCUGAACACAGUGGCACUGGUGCCCAUUAUGUACUCCUGGUCCCCUCUUCAGCAGAAUUUCAUGGUGGAGGAUGAAACUGUUCUGUGCAAUAUCCCUUACAUGGGAGAUGAGGUGAAGGAAGAAGAUGAAACUUUCAUUGAAGAACUUAUUAAUAACUAUGACGGGAAAGUUCAUGGAGAGGAAGAAAUGAUUUCAGGGUCAGUCCUCAUCAGUGAUGCUGUGUUCUUGGAGCUAGUGAAUGCCCUGAAUCAGUACUCAGAUGAGGAAGAGGAAGGACACAAUGAUUCUGAAGUUAAACAGGAGGAUGGGAAAGAGGAGCUGCCUGUCACAAGGAAAAGAAAGCGAAUUGCAGCGGAAGGUAACAAGAAGGGUUCAAAGAAGCGGUUUCCAAAUGACAUGAUAUUCACUGCUAUUUCUUCUAUGUUUCCUGAAUAUGGCUUCCCAGAUGAUAUGAAAGAGAGGUACAGGGAGCUCACGGAAGUGUCGGACCCAAACGUGCUGCCGCCGCAGUGCACUCCCAACAUAGAUGGGCCAUGCGCGAAGUCUGUCCAGCGGGAGCAGUCCCUGCACUCCUUCCACACCCUCUUCUGCCGCCGCUGCUUCAAAUACGACUGUUUUCUGCAUCCUUUUCAUGCUACUCCUAAUGUGUACAAACGAAAGAAUAGAGAGACCAAGAUCGAGCCAGAUCCUUGCGGAGCAGACUGUUUCCUCUGGCUGGAAGGAGCCAAGGAGUUUGCUGCGCUGCACAACCCCAGGUCCAAGUGCUCAGGCCGGCGCCGCCGGAGGCACCAUGUGGUGGGUGCUUCCUGCUCAAACACCCCAGCUUCUGCCGUCGCUGAGACGAGGGAGGGCGACAGUGACCGAGACACGGGCAACGAGUGGGCCUCUAGCUCCUCGGAGGCGAACUCCCGCUGCCAGACCCCCACCAAGCAGAAGCUGAGCCCGGCUUCCUCCCAGCUGUUUGCGGUGGAGACACCGCAGGAGCCCGUUGAGUGGACGGGAGCUGAGGAGUCGCUCUUCCGCGUCUUCCAUGGGACCUACUUCAAUAACUUCUGCUCAAUUGCCAGGCUGCUGGGAACAAAGACGUGCAAGCAGGUCUUUCAGUUUGCAGUGAAAGAAUCACUUAUAACAAAACUGCCAACAAAUGAAUUAAUGAAUCCAUCCCAGAAGAAGAAAAGGAAGCACAGGCUGUGGGCUGCUCACUGCAGGAAGAUUCAGCUGAAGAAAGAUAAUUCGCCUACCCAGGUGUACAACUACCAGCCCUGUGACCACCCCGAGCAUCCCUGUGACAGCUCCUGCCCUUGCAUCAUGACUCAGAAUUUCUGUGAGAAGUUCUGCCAGUGCAACCCUGACUGUCAGAACCGCUUCCCGGGCUGCCGCUGUAAAACCCAGUGCAACACCAAGCAGUGCCCGUGCUACCUGGCUGUGCGGGAAUGCGAUCCGGACCUCUGCCUGACCUGUGGGGCUUCAGAGCACUGGGACUGCAAGGUGGUCUCCUGCAAGAACUGCAGCAUCCAGCGAGGUCUCAAAAAGCAUUUGUUACUGGCACCGUCAGAUGUCGCUGGCUGGGGGACUUUCAUCAAGGAAUCUGUGCAGAAGAAUGAGUUCAUCUCAGAGUACUGUGGUGAGCUUAUUUCACAGGAUGAGGCUGACCGGCGAGGGAAGGUCUAUGACAAGUAUAUGUCCAGCUUCCUCUUCAACCUCAACAAUGAUUUUGUUGUUGAUGCCACCCGCAAAGGAAAUAAAAUCCGCUUUGCCAAUCACUCAGUGAACCCCAAUUGCUAUGCCAAAGUUGUGAUGGUGAAUGGAGACCACAGGAUAGGGAUCUUUGCCAAGAGGGCCAUCCAGGCAGGAGAGGAGCUCUUCUUUGAUUACAGGUACAGCCAAGCAGAUGCCCUGAAGUAUGUCGGCAUAGAGAGGGAGACAGAUAUCAUCUAGGCUCUGUGUGGGGCGGUCGCCAGCACACCUUGCUGCUGCACCUUGUAAGCAAUGCCAUGUUUGCUUCACGCUGACAUGACUGCUGCUGUUCCCGUUGCUGUGUGUGUCACAAGUGCUACUUUCCAUC